AUGAGUAGAGCUGCUGAACCUCAGAUCCUCUUUAACUAUACAUCUGCGGUUGGAGUCGGGGAGCUGGAGAGAUAUGUGAUUACGUAUGAUCUAUAUGAAGGUGAUGAGAUCCCACCAGAUGUGCCAUUGGACUCACUGUGGCUAAGGGUUAAGAAUAUGGAAAGUCUUUCAUAUCGAGCUGCCUACUUAAUGGGACCAUUCAUCCUUUACUGCGAUGUGAGAACAGAAGACUAUCACCACUCUCAGAAGAUAAUAGCUUCAGUGGACCAGCCAAAAUUCGAGCCAACGCUGCAGGCCCAACAAAGCUGCAUAGCUGAACUUUCAGUACACCGGAUCAAACCUAGGUAUGUCUGGAUAGUUGAUAUCGUGAGCCAGAUUUUGUUCACCACCAACACACAAGUUACAUUCCAGAUUGUACUAGGCAAUAGCAAAGAAGCAGUAAGUGAUAAGUUUAUUCAUGGUACUACCACAGCUGCAAGCUCCGAUAAAAUUACAGUGUCGAGACUUACUACAUUGGAUAUAUGGAACUUACCGGCACAAAUCAACUCUCAUUAUAAGAAGAAACACCUGGUUGUGCUGACGCAUGGCUUGCAUUCAAAUGUGUCCGCUGAUAUGGCUUAUAUGAUGGAACAAAUAUACAAGGCUCAGGGGAAACACCUUGAUGAGCAGAUAGUAGUCAAGGGUUACACAGAGAAUAUCUGUCAGACCGAGAGAGGCGUUAAGUAUUUGGGAACCAAACUCGCCAAAUACAUUAUCGAAGAACUCUAUGAUGAUUCGGUCACCAAAAUAUCUCUAAUAGGUCACUCCUUAGGCGGACUUGUACAGGCUUUCGCUAUUGCCUACAUUACUGUCAAGUAUCCGUGGUUCUUCGACAAGGUGCAACCCAUAAACUUUGUGGCUAUGGCAUCCCCGUUUCUUGGUAUUGUAACAGACAAUCCAGCUUAUAUCAAUCUUCUGCUCUCUUUUGGGGUAAUUGGUAAAGCUGGACAAGACCUAAGUCUCGAGAAGGAACCGGAGACUGAUAGUCCGUUACUCGCCUUGCUACCUGGAGAGCCAGUCAAAAAUAUUAUGGCUAGGUUUAAGAGAAGGACCCUGUACAUGAACGCUGUGAACGAUGGUAUUGUACCGCUCUAUACGGCUUCGAUGCUAUUCCUGGAUUAUGAAGAGGUUUUGAAAGAACUGAAAAAGCUCGAAGGUAAAGAAUUGAACGCGGAGUCUUCCAAUAUUGACAUGGUACGAGGUGACUUUCUCAACAGAACUGUCGUUUCACCAUUCACGAAGAUGCUUGGCUUGUUGGCUCCCCAAAAAUUUCCCCAGAGCCGAUCGACGAUACCCAAGGUUUCAUUCCUGGAGUCAGCUGUGUCCUUAUUGAUACCCCCGCUGCCUGAUAAAUCGUACAUUCUUGAUCCAAGUUCGAGAGAUCCAGUCAUCAUCCAUGACAAGAUCUACACAGCAGAUGACAUUCCGCCGGAGCCCGCAAAACUGGAGAGUACCUUUGAAGGUAACACCAACAUCUUGUUGUCGUCUUUCACUAUGGCUCGUGGAAACACAGGCGAAAGCCAGAAAAUGGAAGAAUCGAUUGCUCGUCAAUGGCACGAUGGCCUGUCAUGGCGUAAGGUGGUUGUUGCUUUGAAACCAGAUGCCCACAACAACAUAAUUGUCCGCAGAAGAUUUGCCAAUGCAUACGGCUGGCCCGUUUUAGAUCAUUUAGUGGAUGUGCACUUCAGUGGCGAUACCUUUGACGAGAGCAUAGCUUUAGAUGGUGAUGGAUGUGAUGAACAGACCGCCUCUGGUGAUCCAAAAGUGGAUAUGAAAGAGCCGAAUAAGCGAUAUGCGUGGAUAACCAGGCUUGACAACCCAAAAUUAUUUGACGAGGGGCCCACAGGAAUGAUAUCCACGAUUGGAGAGAUGCUUGGAACAUUCGUAAAGGAUCGCCUUGCAAGCUUCAUUAGCAGCGAAACAUCUGUCCCCGCUAAUGAAGAUAAGCUGAUAUCUUACGAAUAUAUGAAUGGCGAAAUUUGA